AGGUCUGAGUCUGUAUUAAAAUUGUGAUCUACAUUUACUUCAUCAGUGGUGAUUGUUGUCUGACAGAGUUUCAUCAUUUACAUGUGAGCUGAUAUACUGUAUCUACACUCUGAAUGGUUAUCUACAGAAUAGAAACAGUAAUGAUUUGUUUGUUUCUUACAGAGAGUCCUAAACCUACAGUGACUAUAAACCCUGAUACUCAGGUGUUCAUAGGAGAGACUGUGACUUUCAGGUGUGAUGUAGAGGAAGGAAGAGACACUGAGUGGACGUACGGCUGGUUUAGGGACAGUAACACAUUCUACCCAUAUCCCACAACAAAGAGGUUCAGCACCAGCUAUGUUACGAAUGGUCAAUACACCUGCAGAGGGAGGAGGACAAGUGACUCUCAGAUGUCAGAGAUGAGUGAUUCUGUUACACUCUCUGUAUCAGGAAAACCCAAACCGACUGUGAUUGUGACUCCUCAGAGCUCCGUCUACACUGGAGACACUGUUACUCUGAGCUGUAAUUUGAUGUCCACUGGAUGGAAGUUUCUCUGGUACGAAGGACCGACAUGGAAUUCCCAGUACAUUGGAGACUCAGACACCAACACACACACUGUGAGAGUCUCUAAUGAAGGACGAGUAAAUUACUACUGUAUAGCACGCAGAGGAAACUACUAUUACUACGACUCAGAGAGGAGUGAACCAGCCACAAUUACAGUGACAGAAAAACCUAAACCUCAACUCACAUCAAACAUUAAAGGAGCUGUACUGAGAGGAAACUCAGUGACUCUGUACUGUACACUGACACCACAGUCUGCUGGAUGGAAGUUUUACUGGUCCAAACCCACACAGAGGAGUUGGACUGAGACUGAGACUACAUCAGACUCCAACACCAUCAGCUCAGAUUAUGUCUAUGACAAAAUUCAGUACAAGUGCAGAGCUGGAAGAGGAAACCCAGUCUACUACACAGACUACAGUAAUGAACUCUCACUAACUGUUAUUGAGAAACCGAAACCUGUGGUGAUUAUAAAGCCUGAUAAACAGGUGUUCAAAGGAGAGACUGUGACAUUCAGAUGUGAGAUACAAAGCACAAAAAACACUGAGUGGACAUACAGCUUGUAUAAGAAAGAUUACACAGAGAACUCAUACAAAGAAACACAGCAGUUCAGCAUCAGCUCAGUUACAGUCUCUAACAGUGAUACAUACACCUGCAGAGGGAUGAGCAGUGACUCUCAGUUCUCAGAGGACAGUGAUCCUGUUACACUCACUGUAUCAGAAAAACCUAAACCUCAACUCACAUCAAGCCUUAAAGGAGCUGCACUGAGAGGAAACUCAGUGACUCUGUACUGUACACUGACACCACAGUCUGCUGGAUGGAAGUUUUACUGGAUCAAACCCACACAGAGCUCUGAGACUGAGGCUGAGACUGCAACAGACACCUACACCAUCAGCUCAGAUAAAGUCUAUAACGGAAUUCAGUACAAGUGCACAGCUGGAAGAGGAAACCCAGUCUAUUACACAGACUACAGUAAUGUACUCUCACUAACUGUUAUUGAGAGUCCUAAACCUACAGUGACUAUAAACCCUGAUACUCAGGUGUUCAUAGGAGAGACUGUGACUUUCAGGUGUGAUGUAGAGGAAGGAAGAGACACUGAGUGGACGUACGACUGGUUUAGGGACAGUAACACAUUGUACCCAUAUUCCACAACAAAGGAGUUCAGCAUCAGCUAUGAUAAAGUCUCACAUCGUGGUCAAUACACCUGCAGAGGGAGGAGGACAAGUGACUCUCAGAUGUCACAGAUGAGUGAUUCUGUUACACUCUCUGUAUCAAAAAAACCUAAACCUCAACUCACAUCAAGCCUUAAAGGAGCUGUACUGACAGGAAACUCAGUGACUCUGUACUGUACACUGACACCACAGUCUGCUGGAUGGAAGUUUUACUGGUCCAAAUACACAGGGAGAGAUUGGACUGAGACUAAAUCCACUGAAACAGACUCCUACACCAUCAGUUCAGUUAUUCUCUCUGAUGGAGGUCAGUACAAGUGCAGAGCUGGAAGAGGAAACCCAGUCUACUACACAGACUACAGUGAUGUACUCUGGGUAAAUGUUAUUGGUGAAUCUUCUCCAGUGUCUCUGGUCAUCAGACCGAACAGAACUCAACACUUUACUGCUGACUCUCUCUCACUGAGCUGUGAGGACCAGAGUGACUCUACUGGAUGGACAGUGAGAGGAUACUGUUACACUGAGACAUUGGUUGAUUGUUCAUCAGUUUCAGGAAAACAUUGUAACAUCAGCUCCCUCUCUACAACACACACUGGAGUUUACUGGUGUCAGUCUGAAUCUGGAGGACGCAGUAAUUCUGUUAACAUCACAGUGCACAAUGAUGUAAUCCUGGACAGUCCUGUCCAUCCUGUGACUGAGGGACAACCUCUGAUUUUACGCUGUUUAAGUAGACAAAAACCUUCAAACUCUGGUGUUUAUUUUUAUAAAAAUGAGUCCAUCCUCCAGAACCAGACUACAGGAGAGAUGAUCAUCAGUAGUGUCUCAAAGUCAGAUGAAGGUUUCUAUCACUGUAAACACCCAGAGAGAGGAGAGUCACCGAAAAGCUGGGUUUCAGUCAGAGUUUCGGCUCCAGGAUUCACUGGUUUAUUUAUAGGACUAAGUUUGGCCUGUCUGUUUGUCAUCAUAAUGAUCUUACUGAUCCUGCUCUUGCUCUUCAAGAAGAAAAAAGGUGUACAAUCUCAGUCUCCUGCAGUGAAUCAGGACACAAAUCAGCCUGCAGUUGGUGACAAUAUAUAUGAAAAUGCUGCUAUCAUGGUCACAGAUGAUUCUGCAGCUGCCUCCAGUAAUACAGUCUACCCACAGGUUAUGGCUAGAAAAAAGAAACAAAAUGAGUCUGAUGCUGAACCGAGUGAUGUGACUUAUGCUGAAAUUGACAUGAAACAUAUAAAGAAACCAAAGAGAAAACAAGGAAAGAGCAGUGAGGGAGCUGACACUGUGUACUCAGAACUGAAGCAGAACACAGAUAACGAGGAUUUAGCUGAAACUGGUGAUGUGACUUAUGCCCAGGUCAUAAAGAAGGGCAAAAAGUAUAAUGCAGGGAAGAUCACUGAAAAUGCUGAUCAAACAUAUGCCCAGGUUAGGAUAAAGGCUAAAAAUGCAGGUCCAUGAGGAAAACUGUCCAACCAGGAACUGUUGAAACAUUCAAAGAAAAGGAAAAAAUGGGAAAUCUAAUUGUAAGCAUGCAGUGUAGUAUCUGGAAACCUUUUUUUUUUUUUUAUUUUAUUUUUUUACAAAUCUAAUCAUUUUAUAAAGGCAUCAUUUGAAUAAUACUGGAAGAACAAUGUCUGAAUAUAUUUAUACACACAUAUUGGAUGGAAUUUGGCUGUUACCAGGUUAACAUUUAUUCCAUAUAACCCAGUAUAACAAUUCAAUGUAUUACUAGAUGUUAACUGGUUACUAUUUUAAUAUUAGUAGUAGUAGUAGUAGUAGUGGUAAUAGUAUUACAGUUUAUAAAAAAAUCUUAUAUAUUUAUAUUUUUGUAAAAAAAAAUAUUUUGUAAAAAUUUCAAAUUUCUAUAUGCAUUUUUCUGUUUAUUUACUCAUUUAUUACUUAUUAAUGGAUUGUAAAAGUGAUUUGAUUUUAGCUUUAAAAUCCAUUCAUGCAGUAUUGGUUGUGUAUUGAGCUGACACUGUGCUUUUUAAAUGAUUACUUUUUGAUUAAUUUUUAAUGAUUACUUGGUUCAAAGACUGAUUUACAGAAUGUGUUAAUUGAGUAAUAAAAACUAGAGACAGAACGCUGAAUACAUGUUGUAAGAUGAGCUUUAAUAACAAUGAACUUUAACUGUUUAAUUAUGGGAUUUUUUAAAUUAUGAUUAUAUUUUGUAUUUUAUGAUUGUACCUUUUUAUUAUUCUGCUUUUGGGACUUUUGUUGCCUGUAUUAUCUGACUAUAUAAGUAGUAUACAAAAAGUUUAAGUACUUUCGUAAUAAAUAAUUAUUUUGUAUUUUAAUUCUAAAUAUAUU